GACCGACCAAAGAAGUGCAAUAAUCCUAAAGUUUGCAAUUUGUGGCACAAGUCUGGAGUUAGAUACAUGAGAACGUGCCAACCUUGCCCUGAUAUCUACCCAUGGACUGGCAAAACUGGUGUGAGAAACAGCAGGGUGGAUAAUGAAGUCAUAGAGGAAUGAACUGUGUCAUCAGAUGUAAAUAUACGUUUAGGAAUGAGUGUAUGAAGAGAAGCUCUAGAGCUUUGAAGAAAUUGUUUGACUUAGUUGUGAGUUUGUUCAAGAGAUUCACAGCAGUCAAGGAUUUUUUAAUUUCAAAUUUGCAAUAUUCUUGUAAAAAAUUAGUCAAAAACAAUAUUUGUGGCCUGUUUUGACUUAUUUUUUCAUGAAUCUGUAUUUGUUAAACUUGAGUUUUUUUAACUUUUACAGAUUGUUAAUGGUUUUUAGUUUAUCCUUGGGAAAAUUAAACUCUGUUUAAAGAGUAAUACAUUUUGGACAUCUUACUUAUCAAAAUCUGCGUAAUGGAAGUAAUCAACUCGUUUGUAUGAUAGAUAUAUUUUUUUACAAUCCUUAGUUCUCAGACCUAAUGAGUUUGGUUUCUAUUUAAAUUCAAGAAAAAGGAACAAAAUUUGCAUUCCUUUACUGUCUUAUGCUCCCUGCUGAGAUAUGAGAUCUUGAGAAGUUCAUAAACUUUUAUAUUGAAUGUUCCGUCUUUGACAUCCUUUAAUGUUUACUAUUUUGACAAAAUAAUUGCCAAACAUUUGCUAAUUAUUGAAUUUCCUAUGAUGAAACAAAGGCAAUACUGGAAAUUAAUUUAAAGUAUUUAUUUUUUUAGUGUAGUUCUUUGCCAUUGUGGCUAGAAUUAAUGAUUUAUGCCUACAUAAGAUUCAUGUUGGUUUUAUUUUACUGGACAUGCUUUGAAAAGACCUUUACUUACUGGUACAAGGAAGAAGUAUUUACAGUAAGACAGAUUUAAAAAAAAUUAGACUAUGACAAUUUUUAUUUAUUAAUUGAAUGAGAAUUGCAGAUGAAUAAAGAAAAUUUUGAACCUGCACAUCAUUCAAUUUAUAUUUUUAUGAAAUUUUGUAAAUUUAAUUUACUGUUGGACUAAAAAAGAAAAUCAAAUUUAUUCUUCCUAGAAUAUAACAUUAUUUGUGUGCUUGCAUACAUUUUCUUAAAAGGAUUUUAAUUGUUAUUUUAUACAGGUUACUACUAUCAUGUUAGAAAACAUUUUUGAAAUUUUUUCUAGAUAUAAGCGUGAAUCUCAUCAUCUUGCACACCUUCUGGAAAACACUUUAUAUACUGUGUUGAGGUUUUGGAACAUUAUUUUACAUACCUUUUUCACAUCAGAUUUAAAAAUAAGAAUCUGAAGUGAAUUUGACUAUUGUGCCAAAAUUAGUUCACUGGACUGUCAAAUAAUGAAUGUCAUUUUUUUUAAUGUAUUUGAUGAGUCCAAUGAACUAAUGAACUAUAACAACUGUACACACAUAUUCUUGAAGUGGUAAACAGUAUAUCAAUUUGUUUCUAAGAAUAAUAGCACAUUGUAUAUAAGGGAAUUAUGAACAAGUUCUUAAUUGCACAGAAAAAUCUGAAUUACUAGAAUGAUGAAUGAAAUGUAUGUUACAAAAGCACAUAGAGUAAUGUUGGCAAACUAAAAGUUUGUUCUUCAGAUUUUAAUACUUUGGUGAAUUGUAAUUUGAAGAUUAUCAGUAAGUUAUAAAUAUAAAUUAUUCAGAUAGUUGUGAUGAUAAUUUCUGUUAAUCCAUUCAACUUUAAAAAACACCAGACAAAGAUGGAUAAUAUUAAUUUUUUU